CGAUUGCCAAGUAGACAAACAGGAAGUCAGGCCGCUAGCUAAUGAUGGGAUAACUUGUUCUUGAAAGUCAUCUCCAAUUCAGACGAUUAUUUCGUUGACAGUAGUUUGUAAGUGAAACAUACAAGAUGACAUAUGUAAAUAAAGGUUGAUAUGGCGAUAAGGAAACGACCUCAAGACAGUUGGACAAGCCAAGUAGUCAUGAACCCCAGUUCUCCCUGUGAGGGCCAGAGCCCUGAGGGUGACCCUCCAGACGAUUGGUUCCACCUUUCCACCAUGUCUCUGGGAACUCAGGGCUCUGAUGGAAGCCAGGAUGACACAGAGGAACCUGAGGAGAGAGGCAGACUCAAGUCCAAGCUGGUGUCAGCAUGGAACAAUGUCAAAUAUGGCUGGUCGUUCAAGUCAAAGGCCCGCUUCAGCAAGACCUCUCCUCUGACCAUGCUUGGACAGUCUUAUCUGCUCAGUCAUGGAGGUGAGAGAUGUUCUGUUGGUUGGGUAACUGCUCAGUUUGCCGGGAGGCCAGCUCUAGGAAGAGUCUUGGUUGUUCCAAACUUCUUCCAUUUAAGAAUGUGUUCUUGGGGACCUUCAAUUAAAGACCCACACCUAACUGACAGUGGGUGGGGCUGCAUGCUGCGCAGUGGACAGAUGCUCCUGGCACAGGGGCUGCUGCUACACCUGCUGCCGCCAGGCUGGACCUGGCUCUCUGCCAACCAUGUGUCCAAAGAUGACAUGGAGGUACAGGAGUCUCGCUCCUUGGGUCCAGAGGUGACUAAGAAGGGAAGGAGGAAGAGCAUAGUGUCCUUCCUGGAGAGCCGGACUGAAGUUACUCACAGACGGGUGGUGUCCUGGUUUGGGGACCAUCCCAUCGCCCCGUUCGGGCUGCAUCAGCUGGUGGAACAGGGCACAAGCUCAGGGAAGAAGGCAGGGGACUGGUAUGGCCCCUCCAUCGUAGCACACAUUCUUCGUAAGGCUGUUGACGCAGCAUCAGCAGAGGUGUCCAAUCUGACAGUGUAUGUAGCACAGGACUGUACUGUGUACAUAGAUGAUGUGGUGAGGCAGUGUGAGAGACCUCUAUCUGAGGGCUCCACAGGACCCAGUCCAGCCUGGAAGUCUGUCAUCAUCCUGGUCCCUGUGCGCCUGGGAGGAGAAGUCCUCAACCCCACCUACAUCAAAUGUGUCAAAAAUCUCCUGAGGUUAGAAUGCUGCAUUGGAAUCAUUGGUGGCAAACCCAAGCACUCUCUGUUCUUCGUUGGGUACCAAAACGAACAGCUGUUGUGCUUGGACCCCCACUACAGCCAGUCCACAGUGGAUAUCACACAUGAUAACUUCCCCUUAGAGUCGUUUCACUGUAAGUGUCCCAGGAAGAUCUCCUUCAGUCGCAUGGAUCCCAGCUGCACUAUAGGCUUUUAUGCCAAGAGCCAGAAGGAAUUUGAGUUACUGUGCUCAGCUGUUAGCACGGCUCUCUCAUCAUCAACAGAAAAGUACCCCAUCUUCACCAUUGCAGAGGGUCAGGGACAGGAUGGGGGGCAGGAGGAUGAGAGCGAUGCACCCCCAAACUCUAUCACCCACAUCCUGACCAAGGACAAGGCGAGGCUGCGAAGGACCAAUAACAGCAACAGCAUGGAUGAGUUUGUGUUAUUGUGAUCUAACGUAGCAGGUAUAAAAGUUCUAAGCUAGGUUGAAUUAGCUGUAUCCCUGAAAACCGGAACAUCCGGUUGUUGGCAACUCUGCUAAGGGUGCUGUGAACAGACUGACUGAAUGUGGCCAGCAGGGAACAUAAUUCACAUACCAACUCAUACACACGGUUACUGAACUGAGCUUUAUCAGUGGCAGCUACUGACGGGGCACAUGCUCCAGCAUUCGCCUUUAUCCCCAACCUCCACAGGCAAUAACCAGGCUGGGUGAGGUGUUGCUGAAUAGAACAGAAUGACACUAUUCUUGUGUAUUUAUUUGUUUGGGCUAAUUAUUUGUUUUAUGAAUGUAACAAUGUUUUUAAAUGAAGGUUUUUGUGUAAUUGUUUUUAAUUUAAGGUUUUAAUAUUAGUAUGGUUUUGAGGUUCUUACGUUAAAUAACCUGCCUUCAACUUGGUUGUUUACUAUUCUACAUGAAGUCAUGGGUGACUCUAUGCCUGGCUGAAAGACACUAACUGACCCCAUUUCAUCAUUGUGUAGAUAGGCUGCUCACCCCAUAGUCCUCUCCACUACAACCUUUUGUUGAACUACUUUGUCCAGCAUUAGACUCUGAGCUGCUGUUUGACGUCAUGUGACAGGAUGUCUGCUCUGUGAAUGGAUUAGGAAAUUGGAUUCCUUAGACCUUGUGAUGUGCACAUGGAAACGGUGAAGGAAUCAAUUUGUCUUAGAGAUGUUGGUUUUGUGGUUGAGUGGGGAGAGUGUAAAAAUUUUAAAUUGCUAUCAGUCAAUUAAAAGGCACAUUCUGGGCAAUAUGGGGUUGCAUUUGCCCUGUUGUUUUUGGAAUGAAUAUUCUUUUACAUGGAAAAUGAGUGGCACAAUGCAUUCAAUAAAAGCUCAGUAAAAAUAAAUAAAAUCACUCAACUUCA